AUGGUAGUGGUAGUGGUAGUGUUGAUGCUGUUAGUAGUGUUAGUGGUGGUGCAUGGUGGUAGUGUUUUUGGCACUUUUGUAGAGGGUUGUGGUAGCAGAAAAGGUAUAGGGAAUGGCAUUAGUGGUGGUAGCGAAAGUGGUAGUUUUAAGAGCAAUAUUGGUAGUGAGAGUGGUGGUAGCGGUAGUGGUAGAGGUAGUGCUAGUGCUAGUAGUAACUUGUGAUCAGUCCCAUUUUCAGCAGCUCCCAUACGUGUUGCCAAGCGGUACGAGAAUAUUUGGGCGUAAGACGUUUCAUAGAAGGCUCAUAACAGGCUCUCCAGCUAAAGCGAAACCAAAGUACACUCUGACCUCAGAUUAUGUUCGAGGUGAUGUUGGAAGCGGCACUGGUUCAAACAGUUGCAGUAACGGUACUGAGCAGUAGAAGCAGCUGUAGUAGUAGAUCGAAGAACAUUUAAAGUGAAGGACUUAUUACCACUCUUUUACAGAUGUAAAUGAAUGCCAUCCCGAUGUUAAAGGCAACUGCAGCCAUUUAUGUGUCAAUAGUCAGGGAAGUUACUAUUGUAAGUGUCCAAAUGGAUUCCAAAUGUCUGAAGACAACAAGACUUGUAAAUGUCCAAAAGGUUUCCAGGAGUCGGCAAACAGGACCAUUUGUCUGGGUAAGUAGUAUUUAAUUCUUCUCUGUAGUUUCGUACUUGGGUUUAUUACACCUAAAAAAUCUUGUUGUUAAUAGAAGUUAAGUGUUAUGUCGCGAGAAUUAAGAAUGAUGCCAAAACGAUCGAACAUUUUUGGCAUAAGCUAAGGGAAAGCUUUGAAUAUCUAUGGUUUUAUUUAGUAAGCAAAUAACCAUUUCUUAUCUUUUUAACCCGGCAAUUGGUUUAUUAACUAUGAACUAUACAAAUAAUUAUAAACUGACAAAUAAGGGAAUGGAUUUUGAUUUCUGUCGUCGUUUAUAUUUCAAGUCGUCGAAAAUUAUAUGACCAGUAAAAAUCCUGUUAUACUGCUGUGAAGUAAUAUCUGAAAUUGAUAUUGACAAGUCAUAUUUCAAUUUGGCCUCUUACAGAUAUCGAUGAAUGCAAUCAGACUGUUAAAAACAACUGCAGCCAUUUAUGUGUCAAUAGUCAAGGAAGUUACUAUUGUAAGUGUCCAAAUGGAUUCCAAAUGUCACAAGACAACAAGAGCUGUAAAUGUCCAAAAGGUUUCCUGGAGUCGGCGAACAGAACAAUGUGCUUGGGUGAGUAGCAUCUAAUUUUGCCCUGCAGUUUCGUACUUUUUGACUAUUGGACCUGAAGAAAACUUAUUAUAGCAAUAAAGUGCUAAGCCAAAACGUUCGAAAAUUUUUGACUUAAUCUUAGUGAUAGCUUUGAAUAUCUGUAGUUUUGAAUUGUAAGCAAAUAUUAACCAUUUCCUCUUUUUUUAGCCUGUUCAUGGUUCAUUUAUUAUUGUUAUUUUUGUUAACUGAUUCAAGUAUAAACUGACAAUAAAGUGAUUUAUGUCAUAGUUUUUAUUUACAGUCGUCGAAACAUACUAGACGUAGAAUAAUCCUGGUAUAAUUCUUUGAAGUAACAUCUGAAGUAUUGACAGCGACAAGUCAUAUUUCAGUUUUGUCUCUCACAGAUAUCGAUGAGUGUAAUCAGGAAUUUAAAGGCAAUUGCAGCCAUAGAUGUGUCAAUAGUCCAGGAAGUUACUAUUGCAAGUGUCCAAAUGGAUUCCAAAUGUCUCAAGACAACAAGACUUGUAAAUGUCUAAAAGGUUUCCAGGAGUCGAAUAACAGGACAAUGUGCUUGGGUAAGUACCGGUACAAAGAGAGUGGCAGGUAAUGAUGCCUUUUAGUUGAAUUGAUCUCACCGUCUUCGUUGUCCUUAUCGUAACAUCGUUCAAAUCUUCGCGAAAUGAAAAUUAGUUCUCAACUGGUUCGAGCUUAAGUUGAUACAGCACAGUUUUUGGCCUUGCCGUUCACGUUCUCGGUAAAAACGUAAAUUUUGAUGUUUUCAUGUCUUAGUUGUGCAGUCAAAGGUAAAAAAAAGAAUAAAUGAAAAGCGUGUUAGAUAAGCGGAAUUGUAAGUCUUGCUUCCCAAACCUGUUUCUUUUUCUGAUUUCUUUUUGUAUCGUUCUCUUGAUAGUUUCGUCACUUUUUUUGUAGAGGAGUUGGUAUUUGGAGCACAAGAAGCGUGGUAGUAGUACUGACAUUAGUAGUGACAGUGGUAGUGGUAAUGGUAGUGGGAGUGGAAGUGGUAGUGGUAGUGACAGUGGUAGUUGUGGUGGUGGUGGUGUUAGUAGUGGUUUUUGUGGUAUUGGUAGUCGUACUGGUAGUGGUGGUGGUGUUAGUGGUGGUUUUUGUGCUAUUGGUAGUGUUAGUGAUAGUGGUAGUGGUGGUGGUGUUAGUAGUGGUUUUUGUGGUAUUGGUGGUCGUACUGGUAGUGGUGGUGGUGUUAGUGGUGGUUUUUGUGCUAUUGGUAGUGUUAGUGAUAGUGGUGGUGGUGGUGGUGUUACGGUGGUUUUUGUGGUAUUGAUGGUCAUAGUGGUAGUGAUAUUGGUAGUGGUGGUGAUAGUGGUAGUGGUAGUGGUGGUGGUGCUGUUAGUGGUGCUUUUUGUUGUAUUGGUAGUUGCAGUGAUAGUGGUAGUGGUGUUGGUAGUGGUGUUAGGGUGUUUUUUUUGUGGUAUUGGUGGUCAUAGUGGUAGUGGUAGUGGUGAUGUUGUUAGUGGUGGUAAUUUUAUAAAGGUUACUGGUAGUUCUAGUGGUAAGGGUAUUGUUAGUGGUGAUGGCAGUGUUAGUGGUGGAAGUGGUAUUGGCGGUUUUAAGAGUAAUAGCGUUGGUGAGGGUUGUGGUUGUGGUAUUGAUAGGAGUGGUGGUAGCGGUAGU